AUGGAUGAUCCUCCAAAUGCUGUCGAUAACAAAAUAAUGGAUCGCAUUCAUGGUUCGAUGAUUGGAAUGGCGUUGGGAGAUGCUGUUGGUGCUCACGUUGAGUUUCGACCUCGAAACUUUCUUGUUGAACAUCCAGUGACAGACCUAACAGGAGGUGGAACAUGGGGCCUAAAAAAAGGACAGGUAGUCUUCUAUUUAAAUAAAUUUUUUUAUCUUCCUAUCAAGUAA